AUGGAUCGUAUCAAGUUUCACGUCAACGGCAUCCAACAAUCGGUUGGGUCUGAGGUCAGUUCAACGACCAGUCUUCUCGACUACCUACGGAAUACGCUCGAACUGCGAGGCACGAAAUACAUGUGCUUAGAAGCUGGCUGCGGAGCGUGCAUCGUUUCAGCUACCAAGGCCCACGGCGAAGUUCCUCAAGGUGUUAAUUCGUGCAUGGUAUCAGUAACAUCAUGUCAAGAUUGGGACAUUACGACUAUAGAGAAGGUUGGAAAUCGUUUGGAAGGCUACCACCCUGUGCAGAAGACACUGGCUGAAAACAACGGGACUCAAUGUGGGUACUGCUCUCCAGGAUGGGUUAUGGCUAUGUAUAGUCUUCUAAAAAGUAAAAAGAUGACAAUGCUUGAAAUCGAACAGUCAUUUGGUAGUAAUAUAUGCAGAUGCACUGGAUAUAGACCUAUCUUACAAGCCUUCAAGAAAUACGCCACAGACGCGACAAAUCCACAGGAACUUCCAGAUAUUGAAGAUUUAAAAAUAUGUGACAAAACUGGUGAAAUUUGCGAGAAACAAAAAUGUGAACACAGCGAUUGGUGUCUUGUUUCUAAAAACGAAGUGCACAAUGAAGUAAAAUGUAUCACAUUAUGCGACAAUAAAUUAUGGUAUAGAGUCCAUACUUUAGCUGAUAUAUUUAAUAUAUGGCACACAAGAGGCGUCGAAUCUUACAUGUUGGUUGCUGGGAAUACAGGAAAAGGUGCUUUUCCAGUAUUAGAAUACCCUAAAGUACUUAUAGAUAUAUCUGGAGUGCCAGAACUCAAAGGGUUUAUAAUAGAUCAGAACUUAAUCAUAGGAGGUGGAAACACGCUCACUGAGGUCAUGAGUAUUUUCACUGCCAUGUCGACGUACGAUUCUUUUGAUUAUUUGAAUGUUCUAAAUGAUCACUUGAAGUUAGUGGCUCACAUACCAGUGAGGAACAUAAUGCCAAGAUCCCAAAACGCCCAUGCUAUUGUAAAUGCUGGUUUUAAUUAUAAAAUAAACGAAGAGGGCGUAGUGGUGACUAGUACAAUAGUAUACGGAGGUCUGUCUCCCGUAUUUACCAGAGCUUGGAAAACUGAAACAUAUCUUAAUGGCAAACAUUUAUUUGAAAAUGAAACGCUACAAGGCGCAUUAAAAGUAUUAAAUAAAGAGCUCGUUGUUACGGAAGAGCUGCCGGAACCUCCUGUUGAGUAUAGGAGACAAAUGGCUUUGUCAUUAUUUUAUAAGGGUCUUCUUUCACUGUGUCCCCGGGACAAACUAAAUCGUCGCUAUCAGUCCGGAGCUGUAAAGAUACAUGAAACUCGACCGGUGUCGGACGGCAAACAGAUAUUUACAACUAAUCCAACUACGUGGCCUGUAAACAAACCUUUCCCGAAACUUGAUGCUUUAAUUCAAUGUGCUGGAGAAGCCAAAUAUACAGAAGACUUACCUUCUUUACCGGGCGAAGUAUUUGCGGCAUUUGUACUCUCAACUGUUGGCCGCGGUACAAUAGACAGUAUCGACCCGAGUGUUGCUUUAAAAGAACCAGGAGUUAUUGCUUUCUAUUCAGCCUCUGACAUACCCGGCACAAAUACUUAUACCCCACCAGUGGGUAUCUUUUAUGUUGUCGAUGAAGAAUUACUCUGCAAUGGAGACGUUAAAUACUAUAAUCAACCUAUUGGUAUUAUUGUUGCUGAGUCACAAAAGUUAGCUGAAAAAGCAGCUGCUUUAGUCAAAGUAAAAUACAGUAACGUCAGAACACCAGAAAUCGAUAUAAGAAAUACAAUAAAAGAUUCAACUAAAGUCACCUUGCUGAAAGCUUUCGAAGCUACUAAGAUAGGAACUGACGUCUCUAAAAUAAUAAAAGGCGAAAAUACAAUUUAUGGACAGUAUAAUUUUUGUGUGGAAACAUUGGUAUGUGUCACACAACCAACUGAACAAGGAUUAUUAGUGUAUGCUGCUAGUCAAUACAUAGACUUAGUACACAGAACCGUUUCCAAGCUUUUAAACAUUGAUCAGAGCAGGAUAGAUGUAUUCGUCAGACGUAUUGGAGGUGGAUACGGAUACAAAAUAUCCCGAGCUUCGCAAAUAUGUGGUGCGUGUAGUCUUGUGGCCUUCAAACUCAAUAGACCUUGUCGAUUUAUUCAGUCCCUCAAUCACAACAUGAGAGCUAUAGGAAAACGAACGCCUUCUGCUUCGAACUUUGAGAUAGGCGUCGAUAGAAAUGGAAAAAUACAGUAUUUAAAUCAUAGCUUAUAUAACGAUAAUGGAUAUGUUAUUAAUGAGCCUCUUAUGAUGUUCGGAGUUGAAUUGUAUUCAAAUGUUUAUAACAAUGAAGCUUGGAAUCAUAAGUCUUUUAAUACUGUCACUGAUACCCCUUCUAAUACUUGGGUUCGUUCACCUGGUACUUUGGAACAUAUAGCAAUGGCUGAGUCGUUAAUGGAACGAAUUGCAUAUGAAAUGAACUUGGACCCGCUCGAGGUUCGUCUAACUAAUCUAGACCUCGCUAAACAUGGUUCUGUUAAAGAAAUGUUAGAUACGUUGAUAGCUGAGUCACAAUACACAGAGAGAAAAGCUGCUGUAGAAAAAUUUAACACCGAUAAUAGAUGGAAGAAACGAGGGUUGCGAUUCUCAUUCCUUAGAUGGGAUCCAGUAGGUAGCAUGUACUUUCUUUUUUACGAUAUCACUUUGUCAGUUUAUAGAGAUGAUGGCACUGUUGCUAUCACUCAUGGAGGAAUUGAAAUGGGUCAAGGAAUCAAUACAAAAGCCAUCCAGAUAUGUGCAUAUUUUCUAAAAAUACCAGUAGAAAAAAUUCAAAUAAAACCUAAUGACACAAUGAACACGCCGAAUACCUACCCCUCCGGUGCUAGCAUAACUACACAAAACGUCGGAAUUGGAGUUCGAAAAUGCUGUGAAGAAUUACUGAGAAGAUUGGAACCGGUCAGAAGUCAAAUGGUUAAUCCAACGUGGGAGCAACUAACGAAAAAAGCAUUCGAAAUGGAUAUAGAUUUACAAGUUCAUAGCUUCGUUAAUACUGCUGAUGUACAAAUGUACAAUAUAUAUGGUGUAACAUUGGCUGAAGUUGAAAUAGACGUUCUGACAGGAGAGUGGGAAAUUAUAAGAGUUGAUUUAAUAGAAGACGUUGGACAAAGUGUCAACCCUGAACUGGAUGUUGGUCAAGUGGAAGGUGCGUUCAUCAUGGGAGUGGGUUACUGGACUACGGAACGGUUGGUCUAUGAAAGAAGUACUGGAGAACUGCGGACUAAUCGUACUUGGGAUUAUUGGGUUCCGCAAGCAAGAGACAUUCCACAGGAUUUCAGAAUAUACUUCAGAAAGCUAUCCUACAGCACUGAAGUAAUCCUUGGUGCUAAAGCAAGCGGUGAACCAGCAACGUGUAUGGGCAUAGUAGUAGCUUUCGCAAUGCGAGCAGCUAUAGCAGCUGCAAGGUCUGAAUCUGGUUUUCCUUCUACUGAAUGGUUCCAGAUAGAUGGUCCAUACACCGUGGAUAAAAUUGCCUUUUACUGCAAGAAUAAGCUGGAAGAUUUUAAAUUCUAUUAA